AAAUCCAACAUGGAGUAAUGAGGAGGAGAUGGGGCUCGUCCGGGGCCAUCCUCACCGAAACCAGCGCACCAUUUUCGGUCACCGCAUUCCAGCUCGGGUCGGCGAGGGAGGAGGAAGAGGAGGCGGAGGAGAAGGAGGAGGAAGAGGAGGAGGAAGAAGAAGAAAAAGAAGAAGAAGAAGAGGAGGAGGAAGAAAAGGCGUAGGAGGAGGUGGAAGAGGAGAUCAGAUGCGCGCCUCUUCGGAUGCUCUCCAGUAGGCUAAUUCAGGGGUGAAAGGAGAAAAAGAAGAGUAGGAAGAGGAGGUGGUGUUGGUGGAGGAGGGGGAAGAGGAGGAGGAAGAGGAGGAGAUCUGAGACCACAUAACGCACACCGGGAUUUAAAAACCGAGAGGAUCGCGGGGGAGAACCGGAUUCGCCGCUUCUGCUGCUUCUGCCGCUGAAGGGCGAGGAAACAUGAAGACGCCGCACCGUGCUGCCGCGGCGGGAGCUUAUUAUUACCGGAGGUGAAACGGGAAAAAAUGAACGAGGACACGCGCCCAGACGAGCAGGCUGAAUCACACAGCGGAGGGAAGCAGUGUGUGUGUGUGUGUGUGGGUGUGUGUGUGUGUGUGUGUGUAUGUGUGAGAGGCCGGUUAGGAUGUGGCGUCGGCGGCAGCACAGCUCGACAGCCUGUCGUCAACGGAGACCGCUGUGACUCUGUGACCGUGGAAACAGGAUGUACGAGAGAUGUCUGAGUACUUAAGUGACAGCUACAUUGUGCGCGUCAAAGCGGUGGUGAUGACCCGAGACGAGUCGAGCGGCGGCUGGUUGGCACAAGAUGGCUGCCUGAGCCGAGUGGGCGUCUGCAGGCUGCUGGCCAGCGAGCUGCUGGGACGAAACGCCUUCCUCAUCCACGGAGAACGCCUCAAAGACAAGCAGGUGAUUCUGCAGUGUUUCCUGAAGAAGGACCUGGUCUACACGAAGGCCACGCCCACGUUUCACCACUGGAGGGUGGACAACAGGAAGUGUGGGCUGACCUUCCAGAGCCCGUCGGACGCCCGAGCUUUCGACCGCGGGGUGAGGAGAGCGCUGGAGGACCUGACCGAAGGGUCGACCACGUCUUCAUCGACGUUGCAGAAUGAAGCGGAGCUCGGAGAUGACGACGUCUUUACGACGGCCACCGACAGCUCGUCCAACUCGUCCCAGAAGAGAGAGAGAGAGCCGGCCAUGCACUCGCUCGCCCCGCACAACUUCUGCGAGGCGCGUCGACACCAUUGCAUUCUGGGACAUUUCUACGAGCACCACAGGCCCUCGGAUCACUACUUCCUGGAUCAGGCGGUGCACAUGUUCCCUCGUCACGUCAGCUUCCACGUGGAGGAGGAAGAGAUCGUACGCAUCAACCCCCGCGAGAGAACGUGGCUCACCACCGGCUACGAGGAUUACCGCCACGCCAACUCCACGCGGGCCAAAAUCUCACAGCCAGAAAACCUCGACGCCUACGUACAUUUCGCCAAGAGCGAGGCGCCCAAACACGACUAUACCUACCCGUACCCGCUGAGCUGCAACGUGACAAGGGGAUGCACCGGCAAAUCUAACUGCAUGGAGUCGAUCGGGGGUCGAAGGGCGGUGGUGACGGUGCAGCCGAGAGCCCUGCAGCCCAAAGGCAAGCGGAGGAAGGAGGACGGAGAGCGUUCGCGGUGCGUUUACUGUCAGGACAUGUUUAACCACGAGGAUAAUGGACGAGGUCGCUGCCAGGAAGCACCGGACCCCAUCCAGACGUGCAUCCGGAGGGUCAGCUUCAUGUGGUGCGCCGACAGCCUGCUCUACCACUGCAUGUCGGACACGGAGGGGGAUUUCUCAGACCCGUGUUCGUGCGACACAAACGAUGAGAGAUUCUGUUUGCGAUGGACGGCGCUGGUGGGUUUGUCGCUGCUGGCGCCCUGCAUGUGCUGCUACGCCCCGCUCAGAGCGUGCUACCGCUGCGGGGUGGCGUGCCGGUGCUGCGGCGGGAAACACAAAGCUGUGGGUUGAGGCGUCUUUUAGUUAACUUUAGCCCAUUUGCCAGCUCAUAGAGUACUGUUGUGAACCUGGAAAUGUUGAGUACCCCAACGUUUUAUGAUGGAAAUGUAUAGUAUGGGUCCGCAGCACAAAGAAACUGCCGGAUGCUAACUUGCAUAUGUUGGGCAACACAACGCUGUGGGUUGAGGGCAUGUCACUUUAGUUUAAUUGCCAGCUCAUGCCCCUUUCACACCAACGCGUUUUCAGCUCCGGCUCGGAGCUGGAGCCUGAAAAGUACCGGUUUUUCCUGUUCACACCGCAGAGGCUCUUAGCUCCGGAAUCCGGUUCACUUCCAGCUCCAAAAAAUUGUCGGUCUAGACUCGAGGCAAGAGCUUCGGAGCUAAGAGGCGGCGUCGCUUACGUCUCUCUUACGUCGAGGCGGGGGCAGGGGCAUGGGCGGGAUCAACCUCCUGAACAACAAAAUGCCUGCGUUUUAUCCAGUUUGUACACAACGAUGGAAAACCUCAAACUGAAUAAGCAGCAGUGGCCUUCCAUUUCAUUUCGUAAGAGGAUAACCAAAGCGAACAGCGCUUCAAUACAAUCGGCCAUUGUUGUUGUCGAUGUGAGGGAUUUCCGCGCGGUUUGGAUUUUAUGAAGCAGGCACGUAAACGGUGACGUCAUGACGCAGCAGCGGCAGCUCUGGGCGGUGUGAACAGAGCGGGAGCAGAAAAGGGAAACCGGAGCUGAACCAGAAAAUCUCCCGCUCGGAGCUAGAAAGGGAAAAGCGCUGGUGUGAAAGCCGCAUAGAGAUCUAUUGUGAACCUGGAAAUGUUGAGUUCCCCAAAGUUCUAUGAUAUAAAUGUAUAGUAUGGGUCCCUAGCACAUAGAAACUGCCGGAUAACUUGCAUAUGUUGGGCAAUUUGCAUAAAUUGCAUUAAUAAGGCUUGCACAAUUAGCAUAAGUUAAAAUUAAUAAGGCUAUUCAGACAAUAGGUUGAACAUGGCUUCGCAGAUUUGGACACAUUUUUGAGUGGUUUUCUGGGUUAUUGAGGAUGUUGAAUGAAUCUAUUUUUGACAUUUUCAGGAUCAUAAAUGGCCAUUUUAACCAGAAAGAGGCUGCAUUUGUAGGCUACUCCCUGUGGGCUGAUUUUGAUUAAUUUUGGGUUGAUUUGAAGAUUAAAGGGGACUGAAAACUGACUUUUCGAUCAAAAAAAUGUCAGUUAUUGCAACUUAUGACAAUUGUACAAAUUGCCCAACGUAUGCAAGUUAGGAUCUGGCCUUUUCUUUGAGCUGGGAACCAGUACUAAGCGUUUCUAACAUAAAACUCUGGGGUACUUUACAUUUCCAUGGUUCACACUGCUGGCAAACACACUCCUACCCGAUCUGUACCGUAAGCCAGAUUUGUUCUAAACAUUUGCUUAGAUUUCCGGCGUUGUGGAAAAAUUAGAGGUUUUUAAAAAACGUUAGUGUCAACAACAACUUCCAAAACAUAAAAUACUUUUAAGUACACAUUUGAAAGCAGGACGUUAACAUGCAGAAGAGUAUGUUAAGAGCAUACUAUUGUAUUUAUAAGGCUCAGAGUACUUCUUCCAACAUUUUUCUUUGUUAAUGAAUGACUAAAUUAUUCUAGACAUUCUUUACCAAAACAAGAGAUUAUUUAAAUAAGGACACAUUUAAGUCUUCUAUUUUGUAACCAAUCAAACCAACGAUAACGUUAUUUUAUCUAAAAUACCAGAAAACUGUUGUAAAUCGCUUUGACAUUAUUCAAUUAGCAUCAUGGGAAGUAGCGGCAUAUUCGCACAUGCGCAGAAACAUCUUGUUGUCAGUACAGAUCGAGUAAUGAGAAGGCGUCGUAGGCUCAAAGUAACACUGAAAAACUGACACCUUGACUUUAAUUAAAUGUAUUAUGUUAACAAAUGUAACAUAACUGUAUUAGGUUAGUUGAAAGCAAUAAUAUUAAGUUUAAAUCAAAUAUAUUAGGUUCAACUUAAUAUAUUUGCUUUCAACUAAUACAGUUAUGUGAAAUCUGUCGUUAUAAUACAUUUAAUUAAAGUCAACUUUAAAGGUUUUUUCAGUGCACAGGGACAGCAGCAAAGACUCAUGGGAAAUGGAGGCCGCUGUGAUUCUGUGUGUGUCGUUUGUCUCGUCUCCGAUUUCCAGGAGAAGAAAAACUUGUAUCUCAACAGACGAAAAAGGAAAGAAAGACUGAACAGAGAAUAUUAAUUUCUAUAUAAAGUUAUAAAUAUAAACAUAAAUAUAUAUCUUUAUAUAGAUAUAUAUUUAUGACAGGUACUUUAUAUUUUUACACUCAUGUGUUUUCAAGGCUUGAACAUGUCGUCAGCGUGGUGUGAGGUCAGUAUGAAUGUUAUUGUGUUUGUUGAAAGGACUGCAGCAAAACCUUCAAACUAUUUAGGGUGCACACAAUCAUUUACAAUAAAACAUGGACAGAUCUAGGAUUAGUUUAACAGGUGUUUAUAAAGUUUAUUUAUAGACAAGAACAUGACAAUUAGUUUCAUGUCUGUGUGUUACAUAUGGAGCUGGACAUUAGCAUAGCUUAGCAUACGGUCUUGAAGCAUAAGGGAAACAGCUAGCCUGCCUCUGUCAAAAGUAAACAUCUAUCAUCUACCACUUAAGCUAGAAGAAACAUGUAAUAUGUAGGUUAAUCUGUACACAAACAGAAACAUUAAAUAGGUCUUAAUUCAAGUUGGAUAAGAAGGUGGAGUUUCAUGUAUCUCUGUUAAAUAUGUAGCUGGAUGUUAGCUUAGCUUAGCAUGAAUUCUUAAUUCAGAGGGAAAAAGCUAUAGCUUGCCUCUUUCAAAGGUAGAAAAUAACAUCUUCCACGAAAGCUACAGGUGAACAUGUUAUAUCUAGUUAAAUCUGUACACAAACAGAAAUGUAGAAGCAACAGCCAGGCUGCUUCCAGUCUUUAUGCUAAGCUAGGCUAGCUGAAUCCUGACUCCAGCCUGCUUAAACGCACCAACAUGACAUUAGUUUCAAUCCUCUCAUCGAAUUCUCGGCGGGAAAGCUAAUGUUUCUCUCCAACAUCUCAUUUCUUUUCAAUUUGUUGUGAGCUUACUUGAAUUUUAGUUCCAGCAGCUUCUCCUGUAAAGAUGGAUGUUUUAUUUUCCUGAAACCUGCUCUGCUCAUCUCCCUCUAAAGUUAACAGAUAAACCAGUUUGGCCGACCAGUAAGAUGGCGAUUCGAAUAAUUCAGAAAUACAGUAUAUGACAAUUCGCCAAAAGAUAACGUCGUAUUUAAAGGUCACCUAUUAUGCAAAAUCCUCUUCUUCAUGUCUCUUCUACAUCAACAUGUGUCCCCUCUUCUUCAUGUCUCUUCUACAUCAACAUGUGUCCCCUCUUCUUCAUGUCUCUUCUACAUCAACAUGUGUCCCCUCUUCUUCAUGUCUC